AUGGUACGACCACUUCCAUCGAUAUAUCUUGAUAAUGAAUUUGCGUGUAUCAAACUUCCGAACAGUUUUGAUGAUAUGGAUCAAUUUGCUAUGGAUAUGGCAAUUCUCAUGAACUUCCAGAAAGAUGUCUUAAAGGCAGUCAAGUCGAUUAAAAAAUCAAAUGGAGAUAAAAAUGCUGAAAAUGCCAAAAUUGAGGUUGAAAACAGGAGGCUGAAGCAGAUCAUUGAAGAGAAUUCUAGACGUGAUGCUGAGUUUAAAAGCCAAAUUGAGGAGUUAGAGAAAAGUAAAGCAGAUAUUGCUUCUAAGAAUGCUGAACUUAAAACUGAAGUAGCAAAAUUAAGAUGUGAUUUUGAGGAAAUCAAAUCAAAGAGAAUAACCACCGAUUCUUCAGAGCAGUUACCAAUUUCCUUGUCAGCAAAGAAUGAGACAAUAAGCAAAAAGGGAACAGAUAAACUCCAGCAAGAAUUGUUCAAUACUUCUUUAGAGCCGAGUUUACAAGAUCACUCUAUAUCAAAAAAUAUUAAACCAGGACAGAUUGAAAUUUUCAAGAUAACCCGUCCCGAAAAAUUUGAGAGCAUGGAUGGUUCUGCGAAGUGUAUUGUUAAUUCAUUCGACAUUAAUGAGGUAUUGCAACAUUUAGCUCAGCUGUGUGAUACAGCCAUAGGCGCAAAAGAUCGAGCUUUGAAGGCUUAUCAGGAAGAAAUCAUUAGCUGGUCUCUUUAUGGUAGGAAUUUUGAAUUUCAAGUUGAUGAGAUGAAUAGUAAAAAUAAAAUUGGUGAGAAAAAAGCAAGAACCUUAAUUUAUAAUGAAAUUGAAAAUCAACUCUCUAUUCUUCAGAGCCGAAUAUCUAAUUCUCCUUCGCUUGAAAUUACACCUGAA